CGGCGCAGGGCAGCGGCAGCUAGGAAGGGGGAGGGAGGUGUGCAGAGUGAGGGCGGGUCCGCCGCACGUCCUCAGAGCCCGCCGGAGCCGCGAAGCUGCAGCCGCCAGACUCCUCCCGCACGGAGCUGGCAAAAGCGUGCUCCGAGGAGCCCGGGACUUAGGUCCGGACCUGCAAACCAGAGACGAAUCUUUUCUUCAGCAUUUUGGAAUAGAACUUGGGGCUGGCGGCAUGAGUCCAGUAAGGCGCGGGGGUAGACCCUGCCUUUUACCUUUGCAGCUCUUUAGCCUCUGCUGGGUGCUCUCAGUGGCCCAGAGCAAGACAGUGCGAUACAGCACCUUCGAGGAGGACGCUCCUGGCACGGUCAUCGGGACCUUGGCUGAGGACCUACAUAUGAAAGUGUCCGGAGACACAAGCUUCCGCCUGAUGAAGCAGUUCAACAGCUCGCUGCUACGUGUGCGUGAGGGUGAUGGGCAGCUGACCGUCGGGGACGCGGGCCUGGACCGCGAGCGGCUGUGCGGCCAGGCUCCACAGUGCGUGCUGGCCUUCGACGUGGUCAGCUUCUCGCAGGAGCAGUUCCGGCUGGUGCACGUGGAGGUGGAGGUGAGGGAUGUCAACGACCACGCGCCGCACUUCCCACGGGCCCAGAUCCCCGUGGAGGUGUCCGAGGGCGCGGCCGUGGGCACUGCCGCCUCGCCCCUCGCUGCCGCCGCCGCCGCCGCCGCCGCCGCUGCUCUCGAGGGGGCGGACACGACCUCGUCUACCGGGCCCGGGACACCAGAGGCCAGUGCUAUCUCGCUGGUGCCAGAGGGAGCGGCGCGGGAGAGCCUGGUGGCUCUGGUCAGCACCUCGGACAGGGACUCGGGCGCCAACGGGCAGGUGCGCUGCGCCCUCUACGGGCACGAGCACUUCCGGCUACAGCCAGCUUACGCGGGCAGCUACCUGGUGGUGACCGCUGCAUCCUUGGACCGUGAGCGAAUCGCUGAGUACAACCUGACACUGGUGGCCGAGGACCGCGGCGCGCCCCCACUACGCACCGUGAGGCCCUACACGGUGCGCGUGGGAGACGAGAACGACAACGCGCCGCUCUUCACGCAGCGGGUCUACGAGGUGUCUGUGCGCGAGAACAACCCGCCUGGCGCCUACUUGGCUACGGUGGCUGCCCGGGACCCGGACCUGGGCCGUAACGGCCAGGUCACCUACCGGCUGCUGGAGGCUGAGGUAGGCCGCGCUGGGGGCGCCGUGUCCACCUACGUCUCAGUGGACCCGGCUACCGGGGCCAUCUAUGCGCUGCGCAGCUUCGACUACGAGACGCUGCGCCAGCUCGACGUGCGCAUCCAAGCGAGCGACGGCGGCGUCCCUCAGCUCUCCAGCAGCGCCCUGGUGCAAGUGCGGGUGCUGGACCAGAACGACCACGCGCCAGUCCUGGUGCAUCCGGCGCCGGCCAACGGCUCCCUGGAAGUGGCAGUCCCAGGGCGCACUGCAAGGGACACGGCCGUGGCGCGUGUGCAAGCUCGGGACGCGGACGAGGGUGCUAAUGGGGAGCUGGCUUUCGACCUCCUGCAGCAGGAGCCACGAGAAGCCUUCGCCAUCGGCCGCCGCACGGGGGAGAUCGUGCUCACCAGCGAUCUGUCCCAGGAACCGCCUGGCCGCGUGUUCCGGGCGCUGCUGGUCAUAUCCGACGGCGGCCGUCCCCCGCUCUCUACCACUGCUGCGGGGAGCCCAGAGCGCUCUCGCCCGCCGGGUUCGCGGCUCUCAGGGUCCGGGUCGGCGCUACAAUGGGAUACGCCACUGAUCGUCAUCAUCGUGCUGGCCGGGAGCUGCACGCUGCUAAGGCCGCCCGGGGAGCCGGGCCCAGACCCAACAUGUUCGACGUGCUCACCUUCCCUGGCAGCGCCCUACCGCGGCGCCUCUGGCUUCGGAACGGAGCCGGCGCCCCCCGUGGCGGUCUGGAAAGGACAUUCUUUCAACACCAUCUCUGGCCGAGAAGCGGAGAAGUUCAGCGGCAAAGACAGCGGCAAAGGGGACAGUGAUUUCAAUGACAGUGAUUCCGACAUCAGUGGGGACGCUCUGAAAAAAGACCUCAUCAACCAUAUGCAGAGUGGACUGUGGGCGUGCACGGCUGAGUGCAAGAUCCUGGGCCACUCUGACCGCUGCUGGAGCCCGUCAUGUGGAGGGCCCAACACCCAGCCCUCCACACACCCACCAGCCCAGAUGUCAACCUUCUGUAAGAGCACGUCGCUGCCUCGGGAUCCCCUGCGCAGAGACAAUUACUACCAGGCCCAGCUGCCCAAGACAGUGGGGCUGCAGAGCGUCUAUGAGAAAGUGCUGCACAGAGACUAUGACAGGACAGUCACUCUGCUCUCCCCUCCUCGUCCAGCGAGGCUCCCAGACUUGCAGGAGAUUGGGGUACCCCUCUAUCAGUCCCCACCUGGCAGGUACCUGUCUCCAAAAAAGGAAGCCAAUGAAAAUGUGUAACCCCAUGCUGCAUGUCUUCACACAUAUACAGGUCACUCUGAGAAGCCCCUAAGUUAUUGACCGGUUUCAGUGUUGUAUAUAUAAAUAUGCAAGAUGUGCCUUAAAAUGAAGUUGUUGGGAGCUAUUUCCAAUCACAGUAGUACUGUUUGGUAUUUGCAAACAACAAAAAAAUGUAGUUAAUGUAAUUUUUAUGAAAUGUGUGCUGUAUUUAAUUUUUCUUAUCAUGCUAUUGACUUUAAUUUCACUUGCAGCUUGACAUUUUCUUAGUGUUUUUAACCUGUACAUUGUGUAAUGUAAUGUUUGUAUAUAAUGAAAUUUUGUUAUAUUUUUAUAUAAUAAAAGCUAAAGUGGAAGUUAUUGCCAAAGGAAAUGUCUGUAAGACAAAAAACAAAACAUGUUGGAAUUCCUUAAUGGAAAUUUAUCUUUUACCUAAAACAAUCUAGUGUUUGAGAAGUUUUGCCUUGCCAAGUAUAACUUGUAUAUCUUGAGUCUGUGGUAGAUUUCAAGUUCAAUGUUAUUUAAUUACAUUUGGUUUUCUGUAAACCGUGUCACUUAUAAGCACAGUAAUAAAGGAUUUGUCAUGUCUUUGAAGAAUCUGCUAAUUGCUUUUCGUGAAGAUGCCAAUAGUCAGAUACUCACAAAUGAUUUGAGUGCCAAAAUUAAAUCUCAAGAAAAAAAAUUAAAAAAAAAACAAAAAUAAAAAAAAACUUUAAACCUCG